AUGCUCAACGAGGUUGACGCAGAUGGAAGCGGAGCCAUUGAGUUCAAUGAAUUCCUCAACAUGAUGGCUCGAAAGGGCGCGGGGAGCGAUCCAGAGAAGGAACUUCGCGAGGCCUUCAAGGUCUUUGAUCGCGACGGUACUGGUACUAUCUCUCGCGAUGAACUUCGUCAUGUCAUGAAGUCUCUCGGUGAGAACUUGACGGAGGACGAGAUUGACGAGAUGUUGAAAAUGGCAGAUAAGGACGGCGAUGGAACUAUCGAUUAUAGUGAGUUCGCCGAGAUCAUGGCGCACAAAUGA